CAACAAAAACAAAAAGUGUAUUCUUUCAUCUCCUUUUUUGCCUUUCACUUGCAGCCUAGUUAUGUUAUCAACAGGACAAUUUUAUGAUAUUUCUUCACUGAAUCAGUUUGAAGAUUCAAUACACCACCAGAAAAAAGUAAGACAAAGUGAAGAUAAAGUGGACAAUAAAGUAAUCACUUUCUUUCUCUUCUUUUAUCUAAAUUUUCCUUUGCUUAGUUAAUUUUAUUAAACUAACAUAUCAAUUAUCAAAACUUUCUGAAUCCACAUACUGAUUAGACUCCUAAAAAUAUACUCUCUCCAAAGUAUAUUGUGAAGAUACACAUGACAUCAACUUGUAUUAUUUCUUAAUUCAUAAGAAACAAACCACAUAAAUCCCCUCCAGCCUUUUUCUUCCUCCUCAGUCAUGUACCUUUGAAGCAGUUAGAAAUGUAUGUCACAAGGCCUCUUUCGAUGUACCGAAAAUCUCCAAGCACUCUUUCAUCGGAGCCACCAGAAGGUCCAUAUUCAGGCUUUCUGAUCAUAACAGAUGAAGAAGCUGAAGCAGAAGACACUUUCUGUUUUGGCGGAUGCAAGAGGAGGAGGGUUAAAAGCUUGCCUUUUCCUCAAGACAAGAUACUGGCAGUUGUUGAUUCACCAGAUUAUAAAGAUACUAGUGUCACAAAAGUGUUGUUUAUCCCAGUUCUUGAUCAGCCUUUAUCGUCUAAUCAUUAUUAUGUUAUCCGGGCAAAAGGCAAAUACAAAGGACAAGUAUGUGUAUGUUCAAGUCAAAUGGACAUGGGAUUUUAUUGCUUCAGAAAUGUGAUCAAUGACAAGAAACCAAAACCAUUUGAUCACAGAAACAUAUACCAACACAUGAAAAUCCAUCGCCACCACAGACAUAGCUUUUUUGCCAGGUCUGUUGCUCCUGAUGGCUUUCCUCCAGCAUUUCUCAGGAAAAAAGGAUGGGAAGUUCACAGCUCGAGGUUAUACAGAUCAAGACUAGACGAAGCAUUAGGCCUCGAUGUCUCACUUCGAAGACACCUUCCUAGCACCAACUUCCCCAUCUCGAAGAAAUCAUCAGAACCUGUAGUGGUUGGAGAAUGGUACUGUCCAUUUCUGUUUGUAAGAGAGGAAAACAGGCUGAGACACCAAAUGGAGAAGUCUGUGUUUUACAAGAUGACACUUGAGCAGUGUUGGGCACAGAUUUAUGGGUGUGAAAAUACUGGGAAUGGAGAUAAUGUAGUGAAUAUCAAUAAAAGGGUGCAAAGGGAAGUGAAUUAUGUGUUUGGUUUAGAAGCUAUGAGGGAUAACAAGAUUAGUCAUGGAGGAUUCUACUGGUAUCGAACUCGAAAUCAAAGAGUAAGUUUGGGAUUAAGUUAUGUAAUUGUUGAAAAGAUGAAAUGGGUGUUAGAGGAAGUAGGGUGGGUAAGUGGAGGAGAAAGAGAGACAAGAGUUGAGAGAGUAGAAGAAAAGAGAAAUGGUGAGAAUGAUUGGAGGAGAUUUGGUUGUUAUGUGCUGGUAGAGAGCUUCGUUUUAAGCAGAUUGGAUGGAAGUUUGAUGCUGAAAUGUGAAUUUAGACACACCCAAAGGAUUCAUUGCAAGUGGGAAUGAGGAAAAAUUGUUGUUUUCCUCCUAUAAUUUCUUAAUGUAUGUAUUGAAUUGCUUUUGGUAAGAAAAUACAUUAAAGUAAAA